AAAGAAGAUAAGCAGUGACUUCCCCUCCUCCACCCUGUCCUUCUGCUUCCUCUCCCUUCUUACAGUUCAUCUUCUUCCUCUGUCCUACUAAACCAUGGUAUCCAUCUACUCCGCAUCUUCCACCUUCUCCCUUCCCCUUCCCUCUCUCUCCCCACUCAAACUUCCCUCCUCUUCCACCACCAUCACCACCAGCCACUGCCUCCCUUCCACCUCCUCCUCAUCUAAAUUCCCUUCAACUCAACCGCCACCAUCACAGAACCCUUCAACUCAACCACCACCGUCUCAAAGCCCUUCUUCUCUCUCCGACCAACUACACCGCCUCUCCCUUACCUUGCUCAACUCCGACCCAUCCCCUCCUCCUCCGCUGCCCUCCAAACCAAUAUGGGUCAAUCCUUCGAAGCCCCGCCUAUCCGUUCUAUCGCUCCGCCGCCAACCCCGCCUCGCGCCGUCUCCCAACACACCCUUCGAUCCCUCCCUCUCUAACCUCGCUCGCUCGCUCCGCUGCUCCUCUGACCUCCCAUCUGCCCUCGCUGCCGCCUUCCCUCCGGGCAGUUCUCCCUCCCGCGACGACGCGCUCAGUCUCCUCCACUCCCUCCGCCCCUCCUGGCUCCACUCCCUUCAGUUCCUCCACUUCCUUCGUUCCCUCGCCGACUUCCCCCUCGACACCAUCUUCUACAAUGUCGUCUUCAAAUCCCUCCGCGCCGCCCGCCGGUGGACUCCCGUGGAGGAACUCGCGCAGCAGAUGAUCGACGCCGAAGUCCCCCUCGACAACAUUACCUACUCCACCAUCAUCUCCGCUGCCAAGCGCUGCCGCCGCUUCGACGAAGCAAUCAGCUGGUUCGAGCGCAUGUACCGCACCGGCGUCGUGCCCGACGAGGUCACCUACUCUGUUGUCCUCGACGUUUACGCCGAGCUCGGUCGCCGAGAGGAGGUCCUCGCCCUCUACGAUCGCGCCCGCGCUAGCGGCUGGCGCCCUGACGUCGUCGCCUUCGCAGUGCUCGGUAAAAUGUUCGGCGAGGCCGGCGAUUACGACGGCAUCCACUACGUGCUAAGGGAGAUGAAGGACCUCGGUGUGAAGGCCAACGUCGUCCUUUACAACACCUUGAUCGAGGCGACCGGCAAGGCUCGAAGGCCUGGCCUCGCGAGGAGCUUGUUCGAGGAAAUGGUCGCAGAAGGCCUGUCGCCGAACGGGAAGACGCUCACCUCACUGAUCAAGAUAUAUGGCAAGGCACGGUGGAGCAAGGACGCACUGGGACUGUGGGAGCUGAUGAUGGCCAACAGAUGGCCCAUGGACUUCAUUCUCUACAACACGUUACUCAGUAUGUGCGCCGAUCUUGGGUUGGAGGAGGAAGCAGAGAAGCUGUUUGAGGAUAUGCAGCGGCCUGAACGCUACGUUCGACCAGACAGUUGGAGUUACACUGGCAUGGUUAAUAUUUAUGCGAAUGGGGGAAAGCCUGACAGGGCCUUGCAAAUGUUUGAUGAAAUGCUGCACAAGGGAGUCCAGCCAAAUGUCAUGACCUACACGUGUUUGAUACCAUGCUUGGGGAAAGCUGGAAGGAUUGCAGAAGCUGUCAAGGUAUUUGAGACAGCAAUGGAUAGGGGCAUACAACCGGACGACCGGCUUUGUGGUUGCUUGCUUUCUGUUGUGGCAUUGUGCAAAGAGGGGGAGUUUGACAUGUUGCUUGCUUGCUUGGACAAGGCCAAUCCUAGGUUAGUUGGAUUGGUGAAGAUGCUUGGUGAUGAACAAUGUACCAUUGAUGAGAUCAAAACCGAGUUCCGCAGAAUCAUGAAUGAGUCUGCUGUUGAAGUGCGCAGACCUUUUUGCAAUUGCUUGAUCGAUAUAUGUAUGAAUCAGGGUUUUCCAUCACAGAGGUCCAAUGAACUUCUAUAUCUCGGAACUGUUUUCGGAUUGUAUCAGGGUCUGCAUGUAAGGAAACCAGAUGAAUGGUUGUUGGACCUCAGAUCUUUAUCGAUUGGCGCUGCUAAAACUGCUUUUGAAGAGUGGAUGAAAAAUUUAUUGAACUCAGUAGAGCAGGAGGAAAUUCUGCCUCAGUCCUUUUCUAUCCAAGCUGGUUCAGGAACUCACAAGUUUUCUCAAGGAUUGGCCAGCUCAUUUUACACAUACUUGAAGAAAUUGGCUGCACCAUUUCGGCAAGGGAAUAAUAGUGGCAAUUUCGUUGCUUCAAAAGAUGAUCUGAUAUCAUGGUUGCCAUCCAGGGCUGAAGGUGGAGGUUUUUAGUGCAAGAUUCUGGAGCAUAAGUUGGUAUGAGACAAUGACAUAUUCACACGAUGUAAAUGCCUCAUUCCUAUUCACACCAAAAAAAUAGAACUGGAGAGAAGAUAUAACCUGUGGAUGGCCACACAAAAGGCAAUCGAUCCAAUGCGCAUUUGGCUAAUUGAAAAUUUAUGGAGAUUUAGAUAUCAUGGGCUUUUAAUGCCUUACAGAGUGCAGAAGGUUAUGUUUGUUAUAGACGCUCCAGUAUCGUUUGUGGUUGAAAAAGGAAGAGUGUAUUUAUAAUCAAUUGAAAUCUGUAUCUUUAACCAUGACAUUACAGCUAAUUGUGGAAUAAACCUACUUGAUUGUUGAUCUUGCA